CAAAGUAUGUCAAUUUGACAAUAAAAAGUAAAUACAUGCCCUUACGUUUUCAAUUUAAUCGAACUAAUAUACACCAAAAUAAUGUCCACUAACAUUAAUACUGAAACUUCUCUCUUUUUGUCCAUACCAGAAGAUGUCGUAUUCCCUGAUGAAUUAAAUCGAUAUUUAAGUGACCAAAUUACUGUGCUGACCCAAGAAAAUGAAAUGUUAAAAAGAAACUUGGCAGAAUCUGAAGAAAGUACUCAGAAAAUCCUAGACAAACUAGAAUUAGAAAAACAGAAAUCACAGGAACCACAAAAGAAUUUAUUGCCAUCUUUUGCAUGCUCAACUCAGUCAGUCACCACCAAAAUAGUAGAACUAAGCAAAAACUAUCGGGAUAAAUGUGCAGAAUUGGAAAAAUUCAAAACCAAAUGUUCCAAACUGGAAACCGUUCUACACAACAUGAAAAAAGAACCUUUAGAGAUUUGCUUACCGGAGCCCAUUAAAAAGCCAGAAAUUGAUAACUCAGAGAUCAAACUGCUUCAAGAUAAACUCAAUAUGACCACUAAUAAGAUGUUGGAAUACAAAAACGCCAAUAUGCAACUGAAAAAUGACAUUAGGCAAUUAAAUAAGCUUUUGCAACAGGAAAUCGGAGAGGACCCAAGCAGUAUAUUGGGAAAACAGGGAUGGAAAGGGCGAGCGCAAGUUAUCUGUGACUUGCAAGAAAAAAAUAAAAAGCUAACAGAGAAAUUGCGAAGCAUCAAAGGGGCAAGUUUCGAGCAACUUCCUCAAAAAGAAUCCACUGACAGAAUCAGCAGUAAGAUCUUUCAACUGGAAAAAGAAAAUGAGGAUCUGAAAUCACAAAAUGACGCUUGCAAGAAACGCAUUGAAACUUUAAAGUCGAGAAGCAACAUGCUGGAAAUGGAACAUCAAAAGCUAAAGCUGGAAAUACAUAAUGCAAAAAACCGCAGUUCUGAAGAUUUGCAGCUGAUGGCAAACAUUUCUAAUCAGCUAGCGGAAGCGGAAACUACCAGGAAGAACGCCCUUAAGGAGAAAUCCAUGGAAAUUACGAAGCUAAAUGCCGAAAUCCAGAACUUGCAGGCACAGUUAGCGAAUUAUAAAGGUUUGGUAGAGAACUUGAAGACGAAAAGGAUGGAUAGUUGCGAGCAAAAGAUUACGGAGAAACAAGGAAACCAAUCAGACCAAGGCUGUUCACAAAUCUUGGAAAACGAAAAGCAGAGCCUGCUAGAGUUAAUCCAGACACACAAAAAUAGGUUGGAAGAAGCCAGAAGAGAACAAGAAAAGUACCAACAACUCCUUAGAAUGGAAAAGCAUAAGUCCCUCAAGCUGGAAAUGGCUGUUGCUAAGUCUGAAGCUGAAGCAGGUUUAACUUCUAGAUCCAGGUAUAGCAGUAUGUCCCAGUCCUCCAAAGGUACAGAAGAAACCCUCAGAAGCCAACUGGAGCUGGCUGAAGAGAAUAUCAAAGCUCUACAAACCCGAUUAAAAUUAGAACAAAAUGAGAGAAAGCAAGAUUUUCAGGAGUUUGCAAAAAUUCUUUCUGUAAAAAAAUAAGGUUCUUCACAUUAAUUUUUAAUAAAAUAUAUAUUAACAAUAA